UUCACCUUCAGAUAGCUGAAUAUGCUGAGAGAGAAAAAGUACAGCUUGGUGGAACUUGUUCAUCACUUCUUCAGUGAAACCAGAGAGGCAGGAAUCUGCAGCUUUGAUCAGUUCCCGGUUGUGUUCAUCUUUGACGGUCUGGAUGAGUGUCGACUUUCUCUGGACUUCCACAACAAUGAGAUCCUGACUGAUGUCACAGAGUCCACCUCAGUGGAUGUGCUGCUGACAAACCUCAUCAGGGGGAAGCUGCUUCCCUCUGCUCUCCUCUGGAUAACCACACGACCUGCAGCAGCCAAUCGGAUCCCUCCUGAUUGUGUGGACAUGGUGACAGAGGUUCGAGGGUUCACUGACCCACAGAAGGAGGAGUACUUCAGGAAGAGAUUCAGAGGUCAGGAGCAGGCCACCACAAUCAUCUCCCACAUCAAGAGAUCGAGAAGCCUCUACAUCAUGUGCCACAUCCCAGUCUUCUGCUGGAUCUCUGCUACAGUUCUGGAGGAGGUGUUGAAAACCCGAGUGGGAGGAGAGCUGCCCAAGACCCUGACUGAGAUGUACAUCCACUUCCUGGUGGUUCAGUCCAAAGUGAAGAACGUUAAGUAUGAUGGAGGAGCUGAGAAAGAUCCACACUGGAGUCCAGAGAGCUGGAAGAUGAUCGAGUCUCUGGGAAGACUAGCUUUUGAGCAGCUACAGAAAGGCAACCUGAUCUUCUAUGAAUCCGACCUGACAGAGUGUGGCCUCAAUAUCAUAGGAACCUCAGUGUACUCAGGAGUGUUCACACAGGUCUUUAGAGAGGAGGGAGGACUGUACCAGAACAAGGUGUUCUGCUUCGUCCAUCUGAGCGUUCAGGAGUUUUUGGCUGCUCUUCAUGUCCAUCUGAACUUUAUCAACUCUGGGGUCAACCUGCUGUCAGAAUAUCAAUUAACCUCCUGGCUGCCGAAAGUCUUCAGAGACAAAACUAACCCAACACAUCUCCACCACAGAGCUGUGGACCAGGCCUUACAGAGUCCAAACGGACACCUGGACUUGUUCCUCUGCUUCCUCCUGGGUUUUUCACUGCAGACCAAUCAGAAACUCCUACGAGGCCUGCUGACACAGACAGGAAGUAGCCCAGAGACUAACCAUGAAACAGUCCAGUACAUCAAGAAGAAGAUAGAAGAGGAUCUGUCUGCAGAGAGAAGCAUCAACCUGUUCCACUGUCUUAAUGAACUGAAUGAUCGUUCUCUAGUGGAGCAGAUCCAACAUUCCCUGAGUUCAGGAAGUCUCUCCACAGAUAAUCUGUCUCCUGCUCAGUGGUCAGCUCUGGUCUUCAUCUUACUGUCAUCAGAAGAAGACCUUGAGGUGUUUGAUCUGAAGAAAUACUUUGCUUCAGAGGAGGCUCUUCUGAGGCUGCUGCCAGUGGUCAAAGCCUCCAGGAAGGCUCUUCUGAGUGGUUGUAACCUCUCAGAGAGAAGCUGUGAAGCUCUGUCCUCAGUACUCAGCUCCCAGUCCUCUAGUCUGAGAGAACUGGACCUGAGGAGCAACGGCCUGCAGGAUUUAGGAGUGAAGCUGCUGUCUGCUGGACUGGAGAGUCCCCACUGUACCCUGGAGACUCUCAGAUUGAGUGGCUGUAAGCUGUCAGAGGGAAGCUGUGAAGCUCUUUCCUCAGUGCUCAGCUCCCAUUCCUCUAGUCUGAGAGAGUUGGACCUGGGGAGCAACAACUUGCAGGAUUCAGGGGUGAAGCUGCUGUCUGCUGGACUGAAGAGUCCACACUGUACUCUGGAGACUCUCAGACUGAGUGGCUGUAACCUGUUGGAGGGAAGCUGUGAAGCUCUGUCCUCAGUCCUCAGCUCCCAGUCCUCUAGUCUGAGAGAGCUAGACCUGGGGAGCAAUGAUUUGGAGGAUUCACGAGUGAAGCUGCUGUCUGCUGGACUGAAGAGUCCACACUGUACUCUGGAGACUCUCAGGAUGGAGCCUGGUGGAGUCCGUUGGUUGAGACCUGGUCUGAGGAAGUAUUCCUGUGGACUCACACCUGACACAAACACAGUCAACCGAAACCUCAGACUGUCUGACAACAACAGGACGGUGACAUAUGUGAGAGAGGAGAUACAGCCAUAUCCUGAUCAUCCAGACAGAUUUGACUCCUACUAUCCACAGCUGAUGUAUGGAGAUGCUCUGACUGGUCGCUGUUACUGGGAGGUUGAGUGGAGAGGAAGGGUUUAUUUAUCAGUGACUUACAGAGGAAUCAGCAGGAGAGGAGACAGUGACGACUGUCUGUUUGGAUGGAAUGAUCAAUCCUGGAGUCUGAGAUGCUCUGAGGUUGGCUUUGAUGUCAGGCAUAAUAAGACAGUAAUACACACCUCCUCCUCCUCCUCUGGUAGAGUAGCAGUGUAUGUGGAUUGUCCUGCUGGCUCUCUGUCCUUCUUCAUAGUCUCCUCUGACACACUGAUCCCCCUCCACACCUUCAGAACCACAUUUACUGACCCUCUUUAUGCUGGGUUUGGAGUUUGUCCUGGAUCAAUGUCUCUGUGUACUCUGUAGGAGGAAGAGUCUCCUCCUUUUCCAGAAACUUCCUCCCAGAGUUAUUUCUGGAUUGAAAUAAGUGUUUUGAUGUUUUCCACUCAGGCUUUCGACUGCUCUAGUUAAGAUCUUUAACGAUAUCUACUUUAACUCAGACAGUGGCAAAAUCUCAGUGUUAGUAUUGUUAGAUCUGAGCGCUGCUUUUGACACUGUUGACCACAACAUAUUACAUUACAGACAGAUUGGAAAGCUGGUUGGGACUUUCGGCAACAGUUCUAAAUUGGUUUGAAUCUUACUUAAAGUACAGGAAAAAUGUUGUUUCUAUAGGCAGCUUCAAAUCAGAGUUGACAUGUGGUGUUCCUAAAGGCUCCAUCCUGGGGCUUUCAUGGAGAAGCAGCGUUCAGUUAUUAUGAUCCAAAUAUCUGGGACAAACAACCAGAAACCUGCAGGUCCGCUGCAACUCUUACUACUUUUAAAUCCAGGCUGAAAACUUUUAUUUUUGCCGCUGCUUUUAUGUGAACUCUUCAUAUCUUACACUGCACUGUAACCUUUAUCAUGGACCUGUGUUAUUCAUGUUUUAUGUACACAUGUUUUGUUUGUUUUUUCCCUUCUCUCCUUCCUUCAUGAAACACACAGUAACACCUGCAACCCCAACAGUCCCCUGUCCUGUUCUGCAUUGGGAUAUGAAGUGGCACGGGCCCCAACCCAGACCAUUAUUAGGAGCUCCCAUGGUGUUUGUUUGUCUGGUGUGGUGAAGAGUUCCAUUUGUACCUUCCAAACCCACAACAAUUGAUUUAUGAAAUGAAACGUAUACAUAACAGUUUUUUCUGGCUUUUUUUUUUUUUGUCUACUUGUAUCUUGUCAUUUGACUUUAAUUGUAAAUGCACCUUACUGUCUUCUGUGUUUCUGUCACACUGUACUUGUAUGCACUUGUCUUGU